AUGAAUCUCAACCCCGAUCGCCCGCAGCCCACAGGUGGCAUCGAAAGAAUCCCCCCUCUUCUCGACGUAGAGAAGAGCCAACACAAUGUCACUUCACUUGAUGAAUCGGACAGCAACGGCCGCGACAUAGACGGCGAGAAGCCUCAGGAGUUUCAAAGAGGCGUUGAGCGCGUCCGUAUUAUUACAAGUAUCUGGAAUAAGCCUACGCUCAUCAGCAUGUUUGUUUUGUUGUACUUGAUUCACUUCGUCGACAUGCUACAAAACUAUCUCGACUCUGGUCUUAACCCUUACGUCACAUCGAGUUUUUCCAAGCACGGUUUGCUUACCGUGGCAUCCGUCAUAUCCACUGCGCUUGGUGGCUGCGUCCCCCUCACUAUGUCGAAAGCCAUCGAUAUUUGGGGCCGUGUCGAAGGCUUUUGCUUCAUGCUGCUCAUCUGUGUCCUCGGAAUGAUCAUAAAGGCUGUCUGCACCAACGUCCAGACCUACAUGGGCGGCCACGUCCUGUACUGGACCGGGCACAUUGGUCUCCUGUACGUUAUUGAUGUCAUGUGCGCCGACAUUACUUCUCUCAAGAACCGUAUGAUCAUCUUUGGUCUUAACGGUACGCCUCGUAUCGCCGCGACAUUCGCAGGACCUGAGCUUGUCAAUCUGUUUUACUACGGUCCCGGAUGGCGUUGGGCUUUUGGGGCCUUCAUCAUCAUUCUCGUCGCUUGCAGUGUUCCAGCUAUGGCCCUCAUGCUUUACAUGUAUAGCAAGGCCCGUAAAGCUGGGUACGCUCAGAAACCGAGGUCUGGCCGUAGCACCUUUGCCUCCUUGAAAUUCUAUCUCAUCGAGUUUGACAUCUUCGGCAUCAUCCUGCUUAUGGCUGGUUUUUGCCUCUUCAUGCUUCCCUUUACGCUCCAGGCCUACGCCCCCCAACAGUGGAAGACUCCCUACAUCAUUGCUAUGAUCGUCCUCGGUAUAUUACUGUUCCCCACCUUCGUUGUCUACGAGAGGUAUCUCGCCCCUGUCCCCUUUCUCCCGUGGAAGUAUCUCAAGGAGCCUACCAUUAUCGGUUCCUGUCUCUUAUACGGUGUCAUGUUCCUUUCAGUAUUCAUCUGGAACGGCAUGUUCGGCUCGUACCUGCAGGUUGUACACAGGCAGAGCAUCGUGAAUGCUGGAUACAUCCUCAACUCGUUCUCGCUCACAUCCUCCGUCUUUGGUCCCCUGAUUGGCAUGCUCAUCAGCUAUACUGGCAACUUCAAAUGGAUCGCAAUGAGUGGUGUGCCCAUCACCCUCCUUGGAACAUGUUUGUUGAUUCCUUUCCGUACUCCUAGCACCAACCCUGGCGUUUUAGCCUUCACCCAGGUCCUUGUAGGUCUUGGAACUGGUAUUUUCGCCACUUGCGGUCAGCUCGCUGUCAUGGCACCCGUCACCCAUCAGCAGAUUGCCGUUGUCAAUGCCCUUUGGGGUCUUUUCGGUGGAUUUGGUUCUUCUAUUGGCUACUCCAUCUCUGGUGCUAUGUGGAACGGUAUCACGCCUGGCGAACUGUAUAGGCGUCUUCCUGAGGGUUCCAAACACCAGGCAGCUGAGAUAUUUGGUGAUUUGGUCUUGCAGAUGUCAUUUGCCGACGGCACCCCUGAGCGUGAGGCUAUUGUUGGCGCUUAUGCUCAUACCCAGCGAUUGAUGGUCAUCGCUGGUGCGGUCUUUGUCCCACUAUGCAUUGCCUCCAUCUUUAUCUGGAAGAACAUUAAUGUUAAGAAGCUUGAAGAGGAGCAAGGCAAGCAGACCAAGGGCCUGGUUUUUUAA